CAUCAGAAUGACCAACGGCACUGGCUAGUUGCAAAAGCGUCAACAUACAUGUUUGGACUACAGUGUGCCCGGCUAGUUGACCGUCCGCUGUUUCGAAUCUCGACCUCGGUAGGCGCAGUCCCAACCAGGUUGGUUCAUGGCAAGUACAUUAUUCUUGCAGGCAGUCACAAAGGGCUGCAAGGUGAUCCUUGUCGGAUUCCACGCCUAGCGGUAAGACCACUCAAGUGCCACUUCCAUUCAGGCCAUUUUCACGAAAGUUGCCCAGUGGCAAAGGGGCAGAUUCGACACAAGGAGCACAAUUAUACAACUGUACCACCCGGCAUCAUCACGCUCAAUACGCACGGAUCUCUGUCAGUAUGAAUUCUGGCAUGGACGAGGAGGAAUCCUUUGUGCCGUUCACGAAGGCAGAGCGCAUAGAGCAGCUGGGCCAGAUUGACAAGGACAUUGUGAGUUUGCUGCGUUCUGUGGGUAGAGCAGUAGGAAGUUUAGGCAAGAAGGAACCGCAGGAUGGCGAAGAAGACACGAAGAUGGGUGACGCGAGCGACCGUGCUCGAUUAUUUCAGGACUCCAUGGACGAGUUCAUCCGCACACUUCGAGUUGUCAAUACUGGGAUGAAGCGACAGAUAUAUGGUCUUGAAGAGGCCAAUAUUGUGACGCUCCGAAAAGACGACAGCGAUGCUCAGCCCGGGGCCACAUCUGAGACGCGGAUGACGCCUCUUGAGCCUGACGGGGAUGGCCGCAUUGGCGGUCUUGAUCCUGGUUGGCUCAAUAGCCGCAGCAACAAGGUCGAACGAGAUAUGGAGGCCGAGCUUUGGGAACAAGCCGAGAUGAUGUUGCGCCAUAUGAUGGAGGACCACAACGGCAAGGCGGUCACCCAUACCAACAAAAUGACAUUGUUGUAAUAUGCCGGUCAAGGAUACCAAGUCAGGAGCUGUCCACGUGGGUUGCAGUUUGCCGAAAGCGCACCUUGUAAUAUUGGUUUACGACUACAUCGCUGGUAAUGCAAAUAAUGCAAGUAUUCACUCUGUGCGAUGACGGUUAUGGGGAUCAGUCUGACCACACUGUUUGUGCUUACUUGAGCAGCCCAGCCUGGAAAAGCUCCCUAUCUGAUUUUUCUUCUUUAGUCUUCUAUUUCAAUCAUUCACAGCCAAUCUGAUGGUAAGAACCUUCUGAGAGAGCCGCGUCGUGCUCGUGCGAAUUCGGACUUGUUGGUUUGAGUCCGCAAAUGUGGUUACCCGGGAGAUGCAUGAUGGGCCCAUUCGGGGCUGAGCUGCCAGUAGCUCCUUAGGAC